AUGCCGCGGCACGCGCUGAAACUCCUCGCCUCCUGGCUCCUCGUCGCGGCCUUCUUUGUGCUGUGCAUCCUCCCGGCCCCUACUACCGCCGCCAGAGCCCUCGCGGAGGAGGACCACCACGACGAGGAGCACCACGACCACGAUGACCAUGAGCACCACGGAGACCUCGACGGCGCGGAGCACGCGGGCCUCAAGGGCGGCCUCGCCGCGGCCAUCUUUGCCGAGGCCAUCGUCGGCGGCCUGGUGCCGGUCCUGAUCGCGUCGUCGCGGAAGUACUUCAAGUACCUGCACCUGCUCAACGCGCUGGCGGGCGGCGUGUUCCUGUCGUCCGGGCUGACGCACAUUCUCCCGGAGGCGGUGCACGCCCAGGAGGGGGUCAACAUCUCGGGGCCGAACGAGUCGUACCCGCUGGCGGGGACGUGCGCGGUGAUCGGCUUCAUCGUCGUGCUGGCGGUGGAGCGCGUGUUCUUCGACGUCCACGACUGCGGGGCCAUCGCCAGCGCAGACCCCAAGCACGUCGUCGUGUCGCACCCCAACGCCACCCUGUGGGAGCGCGUCGGCAACUUCUUCGUCGCGCGCCGCAGCGCGCUGGUCCUGCUCGCGGCGCUCUCGGUCCACAGCGUCCUCGAGGGCCUCACGCUCGGCCUCCAGGCGACCGAGACAGGGGUAUACAAGAUGCUGAUUGCCAUCGGCUCCCACAAGUGGGUGUCUUCGCUGUCCCUCGGCUCGCACUUCCUCAUGGAGGGCACGCCCGCGGUCGAGACCGCGAUCUGGCUCAUCCCCUUCGCGCUCAUGACCCCGCUCGGCAUCAUCGCGGGCAUGCUGUCGUCGGGCAGGUCGGCGCUGACGGACGUCGUGCUCCAGGGUCUGUCGGCGGGCACCUUCAUCUACGUGGGCGCGGUGGAGAUCGCCGGGAGCGAGCUCGGCGUGCAGAUCCAGGCCACGCCGGACGUGGUCCCGGCCGGCGCCCUCGCGCCGCUGAAGGCUGACGCCGAACUGGACGCGAGCGAGGGGCGCACGCUCCCGCCGGACGCCACCGUGCCGUCCGGGGCGUACAAGGGCCAGCUGGCGACGCCGCACCACCACAUCAACGACCAGUGCUGCGACCACGGCGACGCGCGCAAGGAGUCGUUCCUGACGGGGCGGCGCGGGCGGUUCGUGGCGCUGGCGAUGUUCUGCCUGGGCUUCCUGGCGAUCGCGCUGACGAACCUGGCGGAGCACUCGCACGCGGGGCACGGGGGCCACGACGCGCACUGA